UCCACCGGUCUACAUGAAUGCAUUAACAAUCACUGAAAAUUUCUUCACCACAUCUUCAUCGAAUUUUUUUUAAAAAAACAGUGAUGUAAUUGAAGAAUUUCCGUGGCAACUGUUAACUUUAUCCGAAGAAUGCUACACGUUGAUUGGUUAAGUUUGGGGGUGUGUUGGUUGACGUGUCACCGAGCACUCUCGGUCAAACUCUUCCCGGCCGGUCGAACUUUUAUCACGACAAGAAACAUGGCAGCGGUCAAGGAUUGUAAAGAUACUUUGUGCUUGUUUGAUGUCGAUGGAACUGUGACUCCUGCCAGAUUGGUUGUUACUCCAGAAAUGAAAGAAUUCAUGAAAGAACUCCGUAAGAAGGUUGCAGUUGGUUUAGUUGGAGGUUCUGAUUUUCCAAAACUUCAAGAACAGAUGGGAGGAGAAGAUGUGACGAGUCUAUAUGAUUAUGUUUUUCCUGAGAAUGGCCUUGUAGCUUACAAAAAUGGCGAACUCAUAGCCACACAGAACAUCAAAACCUUUAUUGGUGAAGAAAAGCUUAAGACUUUCAUCAAUUUUUGCUUGAAGUACAUUGCAGAUUUGGAUAUUCCUGUUAAGAGAGGGACCUUUAUUGAGUUUCGAAAUGGCAUGUUAAAUGUUUCACCCAUUGGGAGAAACUGCACACAAGAGGAAAGGAUAGCAUUCUUUGAGUAUGACAAGGUUCACAAAGUUCGAGAUAAGUUUGUGGCCACUUUGAGAGAAAAAUUUGCUGAUUAUGGACUGCAUAUAAGCAUAGGAGGUCAAAUAAGUUUUGAUGUCUUCCCAAAAGGCUGGGACAAAACGUAUUGCCUGAGACAUGUUGAAAAUGAUGGGUACAGGGAAAUUCAUUUCUUUGGUGAUAAAUGCUAUCAGGGAGGAAAUGACUUUGAAAUCUACAUGGACAAACGAACCAAAGGCCAUAAAGUGACGUCACCCGAGGACACCAUGCAACAAUUGAAGGAAUUGUUUUUUAGCUAAGAAAAAGAUCAUAGCUUUUAUUUAAAUGUCUAGAAAAAUUAAGGUGAAACUUUAUAUGUUCAAGUAUAUCUAUUUUGCUCAAAAAUUCAUGGUACAAUCGUAAAACAUGGAACAUGGGUUCUUUAUUUGAACCUUUUUGUUAACAUUCAUAUUUGUGGUGAAAUUAUCAGCACUGCAAAUCAGACUGUUACCCGCACUUUUUUUCGCAUUGUAAAGUAUUCCUUGCGGACAACAUUUUACUUUUUUUAACUAUCAAUGGACAUGGUAUAACUGUGGAAAGGCCGCUUGCUUAAUACGAAUUGAAUAAAGACUCACAUAGGGAAAGAG